AUGGAAGCCGUGGCCAAGUUUGACUUCACCGCCUCCGGUGAGGACGAGCUGAGCUUUCACUCUGGGGAUGUCCUGAAGAUCUUGAGCAACCAGGAGGAGUGGUUCAAGGCGGAGCUGGGAAGCCAAGAAGGAUACGUGCCCAAGAAUUUUAUAGACAUCCAGUUUCCCGAAUGGUUUCACGAAGGCCUCUCAAGACACCAGGCAGAGAACUUACUCAUGGGAAAGGAGGUCGGCUUCUUCAUCAUCCGAGCCAGCCAGAGCUCCCCCGGAGACUUCUCCAUAUCCGUCAGGCACGAGGAGGACGUCCAGCACUUCAAGGUCAUGCGAGACAACAAAGGCAACUACUUCCUAUGGACUGAGAAGUUUCCCUCCCUGAACAAGCUGGUGGACUUCUACAGGACGACGUCCAUCUCCAAGCAGAAGCAGAUCUUCCUAAGGGACCGAAGCCGAGAGGACCAGGGUCGCCGGGGCAACAGCCUGGACCGGAGGCUCCAGGGCAGCCCACAUCUCAGUGGGGCAGAGGGAGAAGAAAUCAGGCCCUCGAUGAGCCACAAGCUGUCGGAUCAGCCGCCUUCCCUGCCCCCACAGUACCCGCAGCAGCAGCAGCAGCCUCCCCAGCAGUAUCCCCAGGCGUCGCAGCCCCCGCAGCAGCGCUAUUUCCAGCAUCACCAUUUCCACCAGGAUCGCCGCGGUGGCAGCCUCGACAUCAACGACGGGCACUGCGGCUUGGGCAUAGGCAGCGAGACGAAUGCUGCCUUCAUGCAGAGGAGGCACACGGAUCCCGUACAACUCCAAGUGGCAGGGCGUGUGCGGUGGGCCCGGGCCCUGUACGACUUCAAGGCCCUGGAAGACGAUGAGCUGGGAUUCCGCAGCGGAGAGGUGGUGGAAGUCCUGGACAGCUCCAACCCAUCCUGGUGGACGGGCCGCCUGCACAACAAGCUGGGCCUCUUUCCUGCCAACUACGUGGGCCCCGUGAUACGUUGA